AUGGUGGCAACAGACUCGUCACCUGCUGUAGGGUACUGUUCUGGUAUUGAUAAUGACCCCGUCACGACAAUAUACGGAUACGGGUAUUGGCCUUCUGAGGAAGGAUGUGGCCCUGGAGCAGCGUGUUGUCCAUCUGCGACACCUGACGUUGGGCAAUAUCUUUUUAACGCUGGUGAAACUGUCUUUCUUGGCUGUGGCCUCCUACCUUUCACCUACACCGCCUUCUUCUCAGCGGAGGCCGGGUUUGCGAGCCCGUCGACGCCUGCUGCGGCUCAAACUCCAGCUUCUGCUACCGCUACAACCACAUCGCUGCCUCAUUCAACCACCGAUCUUCUGGCGGGCGUCACUACCCGCCCCGUUUCAGAUACCUCCACAACCCCAGUGGCACCACUUCCAUCGCAAACAGCCACAUCAUCAACCUUCUCAAGUACAACAACGAGAACAGUAGUGAUCGUUGGGGCGGUUGUUGCUCUGGUCGGUGGUCUAGUGUUCCUGUGGUUUCUAUUCAUGGCCUGGAAAAUCCACCAGGCGCACAAGUACCCGAAGCAACAAUAUAGGCCCCUUUCGUGUCAGGGCUCGACCGCCUCGCCCCAACCAGGGGCUCCUGUCAACAAGAGCGGGCUGAGUAAGUGGGCAAAGAUUGCUACGGUCAUCAGUCCAAUAUUUGCUAUCGUUGGGUUGGCUGUGGCAAUAUACUUUGGACUCAAGCAGCAGAAAUGA